CCCCGCGCCAGCCCCGCGCCAGCCCCGCGCCGCUCGCCCAUGGCGACCCCCGGCCCCACGCGUGCCCCGGGCCCGGCACGGAGCCGCCGCUGAGCGCCGCGCACCGGCACCGGCACCGGUGUCCAGAGUUUCAAUGUUCUGACUUGCUCUAAGAUGAAGGUAUGGAAGUUUGCAGCCAUUGCAUCGAUGCUCCUCAGUUCCAUGUUAUCCAUUUUAGUUUGUAGAGACAUGUUCAGCGGAAGCCGGGAACUCAGCCCCUUGCCUUCCUCGCCGUCUUCCUCACGGGAUUCCUCCUCCUCCUCCUCCUCUUCUUCUUCCUCCUCCUCCUCCUCCUCCUCGCUGCGGAGAUCCCCACGGGCGCUGCAACGCCACGGCUCUCUGCUGGCCCAGUACAGCGCCUUGCUGGAGAGCUACACGGAGGGCGAGAUGCGCCAGCUGCUCUCGGCGCUGGUGGAGCGCUACCGCCAGGCCGUGAACUCGGGCGGGCACGAGCUGCCGCUGUUCCCCCGCGCCGGCGGCCGCCGCAAGCGCGCCCGCGCCCGCCACAAACCCUGCGAGCUGCGCGAGCUCGAGGUCAGCGUCAGCGAGCUGGGCCUGGGCUACGAGUCGGACGAGACCGUCCUGUUCCGCUACUGCAGCGGCACCUGCGAGGCCGCCGUGCGCAGCUACGACCUCUCCCUCAAGAGCAUGAGGAGCCGCAGAAAGAUCCGGAAGGAGAAGAUCCGCGCGCGGCCGUGCUGCAGGCCGCUGGCCUACGACGACGACGUCUCCUUCCUGGACGCCUACAACCGCUACUACACCGUCAACGAGCUGUCGGCCAAGGAGUGCGGCUGCGUGUGACACAGGGGACACCCGGGAUGCAGGCCGGGGCGGCCGGAGGAGGAGAGACUGAGCCGCUGGCGCGUCCCUCGGUGCCACCGUCGCCGGACUAGAGACGCGGCCGCCGCCGUGGCGGGGCGGUUGGAGCGGUGACGGCGGCUGGAGGCUGUUGUCCCCUCUGCGGGUGGCCCAGCGGUCCCUGCUGAGGUGACAGUGGGUGUGCGGCGUGCCCUCGGCAUGCACGGGCCGUGCUGUGUGUCACAGGUGUCACGCGUGUCACACGUGUCACAGGCUACGUUACCUGCACAGGGGUGGGGCAGUGCAGGUGUCUCUGGCAUGGGGGGACACACAUGCACACAUGUGCCAGGGUUCUGCGUCAGGGUGUGGCACAGGGGUGUGGCACAGGGGUGUGGCACGUGCAGGGGGUGUUGUGAGCAGUGCUGGUGCUGUGCGGUACUGGACAGGGUGUGCUGCACACUCCGGGGGUGUUUUGGGGUGUGCUGCACACUCCAGGUGUGUUUAGGGGCAUGCUGCACACCUGGAGUGUAUUUUGGGGUGUGCUGCACCCUGGGGUGUGUUUUGGGGUGUGCUGCAUGCUCAGGGUGUGUUUAGGGGCAUGCUGCACACCUGGGAUGUGUUUUGGGGUGUGCUGCACACCUGGGGUGUGUUUUGGGGUGUGUUAGAGGUUCGGGGUGCAUCAGGUGCCCUGUGCUGCCCCAGGGUGGGAGCUGAGUCUCUCUCUCUGUAGCUUUGGGGUUUUGUGACCACCCUGAGCUGCUGCGGGAGGUCCAUCCACCCCAGAUCCCGGUGUCUGGGGACACAGAAACGCCAGGAGUGGUUUGUGUGUGGCUCUGACUCCCUCUGGCUUGUGCCCCUUUUGCCAUCGUCUCAUUCCUGCAGCCCUGGGGCUUUUCUUCUUUAAACUCGGGAUAAUCUGAAGUAACUGGAUUAACCUCCUGUGCCCCUGCCACAGGCAGCUGGGCCAGAGCCCGGCCACCGCCAGGGAGGUGACAGAACCUCCCCAGCAGAGUGGCAUGGGCAGGAGCAUCCCCGGUUUGGCGUCUCCCCAAAUCCCCCCAGCUCUCCUGGGAGCAUCCCCCGUGCUCUGCCCGGGGCUGGGAUCCUGCAGGAGAGGGGACUCAGGCCUGGCUUUGGCUCUGCUCACAUUUACAGCAGUGUCACUGCUGUUUACUCUGCGGGGAAAUAAAUGAGCCCGCGGAUUUCACAUUCCCUGGGCAGGCUCGAGCUGUUGCCUGGGAUUGAUGGGUUUUCUCCCCUUGGCUCCCUUCCCAGAAAAGGCAAAUCAUAAACAGAAGGAGAAUAUUGGUGUCAUGUCCUGGGCAUUAACCAACGUGAGGGAAAACACUCCGUGUGCCCCCCCGGCCUCCUGGCUCCUCUCUCCGGACAAACGGGGGGGACAAUCCCUUGUGCCUUCAUCCCGAGGAGGAGGAGGGCUGCUGCUGGUGAUCCCAGCUCAGGGAUGGUGCUGCAGCAUUUGGGGGAGCAGGAUGGCACCCCUUGGGAUGGGAUGGGGAGCAGCAUCUUGUGUUGGACCAGCCACAUUCCCGACCUCCACACAGGCCCAGCCUGGUGGGGAUAAUUUUUUUCCCUUCCUUUUUAUCCAAAGGCAGCUCUUGGCUGAGCGGAGCCAGGGUGUAGUGGAGGAAUAUAAACACCAUCCUUCAGCAGGGCUGGCAGCCCGGGAAGGCAGCCUGGAGUCUGUAACACGGAGUUUUCCCUGGGUUUUGGGAAAGGUGGGAGGCUGCCACGGGUGUGGGGUGUGAAACCUUCACCCAGGAAAUGGGAACUGAGAGUGGAUAAACUCCACGCUCCAGGUGCAGCUCCCCAACCAAGGUGUGAGUUUGCAGCCCUGGUUUUGGCUGGAAAUGGGAAAAGGGGCCCAAAAGAAUCAGCUGGAGGAUGGGAAUGGCAGAUGGGCAGCAGGAGCUGUGCUGGGCUCUCAGUGGAUAAGCGGCUCACUCGAGUUUAAGGGAAAAAAAAGCGCCCAAAUCUAAUAAUAAUAAUGCUAAUAAUAAUAAUAACUGUCCUCUCAAGGGCUUGGGUGCUUUCCAGGUCUCGCUGCUAUGAAACUAAAAUUAGUUUUGUUGCAGUAAGGAAAAAGGAAUGGAGGGAAGGCAGGGAAGGUGGUGUGGAAGCAGAGCAGGACCUGGUGCUGCAGAGGAGGAUUUGGAGCAGGAGCUGCCUCUGCUCAGUGUUUGCACCCUGGUUUGGGACAGGUUUUGGCAGAACCCAGGGAUUUAGGGUGCCUUGAUGGUGGGGACCCGGCCCAAGGGACCCUCUUCUCUCCAGGGUGGUGGUGGGAGCAGCAGGAAGACGAGGGGACAAGGGACAUCUCCCAAAAUCCCCCAUUCCCUGCGCAAAUCCAGCUUGGAGCCCCCAAAACUAGGAGGAAAACCUGACUCAAUGCAAUGGUGUGUUAAAAUCAGCAGGAAUAGCUCCAAUCCAUCAUUUUUUGUAUUUUUUUUAAUUUUAAUUUCCCCCUGCUGGCAGUGCAGCUCCGGCCUGUGUGGAGGGGAUGUUCCCCAUCUGCCUCCCGCUGCUCCCGCUGGGUUUUUUUGGGGAACAGCUGGGAUUUGCAGCCACAAAACUCCCCGAUGGGGCGAGCUGGGGCAUCGUGGUGUGGCCACAAGGAUGGAUUCUGCUUCCAUGUCUUUUUCAGGGCUCCUCCUCCUCCUCGUGGAGCUCCUCCAGCUGUCCCGGUGCCAUCCCGCUGCCAGCCGGCCCUGGAAAUGUGGUUCCAAUAGAAAGGCUGAGGUUUCCCUAAUGCUUUCCAUUUC